AUGAACCAGAACUUCACACAUGAGUUUAUCCUCCAUGGACUGACAGAUAGCCCUCUAUUGCAAACGAUACUCUUCUUCAUUUUCCUGCUAGUUUACAUCUUCACAAUAGUAGGAAACAUGGGAAUCAUUAUCAUUAGCAAGUUGGAUCCAAGCUUAGCCACGCCUAUGUAUUUUUUUCUGCACCAUCUGUCCUUCUCAGAUCUCUGUUACUCAUCUGUUAUAACUCCUAAGAUGUUAGCAGAUUUCCAAGUAAAACAGAAGGUCAUCUCAUUUAGUGGCUGUGCUGUUCAAAUGUUUAUUUUUGUGACAUUUGGGGCAAUGGAGUGUUUCCUAUUGGGCAUCAUGGCAUAUGACAGAUAUUCUGCAAUAUGUAAUCCUCUUUUUUAUUCUGUUGUAAUGAACAACAAAAAAUGUACACACCUUGUACUUGCAGCAUAUGCUGGUAGUAUUGUCAAUGCCUUAGUCCACACCACUGGAACCUUUACUUUAAGCUUUUGUAGGUCAAAUCUGAUUAACCACUUCUACUGUGACAUUCCACCACUGCUUAAACUAUCUUGUUCUGAUACAACCAUUAAUGAGAUUCUAUUAAUUGUGUUUGGCAUCAUGACAUCCUGGUUGUCUUUGAGCAUCAUUAUCCUUUCAUAUAUUCACAUAAUCUCUGCUAUCAUUAAGAUUCGUUCACAGGAAGGGAGACACAAAGUAUUUUCAACAUGUGCCUCACACUUCACAGCUGUAAGCAUGUUCUAUGGGGCAUUGUUCUUCAUGUACUUCCGGCCUUCUACAUCCUUCUCUGUUGGAAAUGAUAGUGUGGCCUCAAUAUUUUAUACUGUUUUGAUCCCAAUGUUGAACCCCUUGAUCUAUAGCCUUAGGAAUAGGGAGGUUAAAGAAGCAUUGCAGAAAAUCAUAAACAUUAACCUGUUCCCACCAUUAGAACAUUCCAUGCUGUCCUAA